UUGAUGUAUGUCUAUUUUUUAUUCCAACUAUAAAGGCAAAAUGCAUUUGAACGCUGAUAUUUCUAGUGCUUUACAACUUUUAGAGGAUAUUAAACAAACUCUGGAUGACUUAGGAGAUCCAAAGCUUCAAAUAAACACGACUCAGGAUCUUAGUUUACUUAUAAGUGUCCUAGAAAAUCCGAUAUUUAGAAGUAUUGUUACAGUUCAAGACUCUAUAAGUGAAUUAAAUCAACAACUUGGACAACAUCCUUCUAUUUUACCAGUAGAUUUUGAUAUUACAGCAGCAGGAGAAUUAGUUUUGAAUGUACCACCAGCAGGGGAAUUAUACGACCCAGAUUACGCCGAGGAUUAUCCUAACAACAGAGAUUUUGAUGAACAAAGAGUGCCUUCCGCACCUAUUUCACCUAGUUCACCCCAAGUGCCACUUUUACAUAAUUCAGACAACCAGCUACUAGCAGUACAUAGUCCAAAACUAAAUAGCAGACUGUGUAAUUCAGAGAUAUUAUCAGGUAUUGUUUUGUAUAGAGUAUUUUUGAUACUCAGUAAGGAGUCAAAAAUUGAAAUCAGUUGGGAUAGGGACCCAUCUGGACUUCUGAUUUAUCUGGAUUUUCGAACCAUAUUUAAACUACUACAUACUAUUGAUAUUUUAUUAACAAAAAUAAUGCUUAAAGUAUUGUGUAAGUUUGAAUUAAUCCAGGAAUUAUUACAAAAUAGAUGUUAG